AUGGAUGAUGAUGCAACGUACGCCCCGAUGAUGCUCCUCGUCCGACCACCGCCGCUGCCGCCGCCACCGCCGCCGCAGGCAUCGUCGCCGCCGUCCUUCUUCGCCGACGACGACUCCCGCUGGGCCGCCGUGCAGUCGCGCGACGCCGUGGCCGACGGCUUCUUCGUCUACGCCGUGCGCACCACAAAGAUCUACUGCCGCCCCAUCUGCAAGGCCCGCCUCGCGCGCCGCGCCAACGUGCGCUUCUACCCCACGGGCGCCGAGGCCACCGACGCCGGGUACCGCGCCUGCAAGCGCUGCAAGCCCGACAUGGCCGGCUUCAUGCCCGAGGAGCGCGCCGUCCGGCAGAUACGCGCUUUUGUGCGCGAACACGACGCGGGUGGUGGUUCCUCCUCGUCCUCCUCGUCCUCAUCAUCAUCGUCGUCGUGCCCCCCCACCGACCGCCGCAUGAGCCUCGCCGAGAUGGCCGGCCGCACUGGCCUCUCCAAGUGGCACUUUCACCGCGUCUUCAAAAAGUGCGUCGGCGUCACGCCCUUUGAGUACCUGCGCACGCAGCGCCUCGCCUGGGGAGACGACGACCCGGCGCAGCAGCUGGCGUCGUGGCCGCUCUCGCUCGCGGACGACCAGGGGUUCCUGGGACAGGGCUUCGACUUUGCCGCCGCCGCAGCCUUCGACCUGGGCGCGGAGUCGAGCGAGGGCUUCUCGGCGGCCAGCGGGAGCGGGUGCAGCCCCUUAUCCCUCGACGACCUACUUGUGUGGCCAGAGGACGACAAGGCGUGA